AUCACAGAGGCUGUGACUUUAGCAAAAGUUUGACAUCUUUGAUCACAGUAGGCUGUAAAUAAAAGCGUUAAUUUUGCAAAAACAUUUGAAGAUUGCCGAAACAUUGCGAUUUAAUCAUAUAAUUAAGUCAGGCUCCACACCAGCAUAUCCACCACCUUCAACGCCGCCACCAAUAAACAGCGCUGCAUACAUUAUUCGGUAAGUUUUCAUGCGACGAAUAAACGUUGCUUCUGCUGCAACUGCCUACAUUAAUCAUGUUCCUGGUGCUUCCCGAUUUGCACAUUUCAAAAGAAAAGCUGUUUUUGCAAUUAAUAAACCUUAUGGCGUACAGAAACAGCUUCCUCUAAAAACCUGCGAAGCGUGAAGUACCUGGAACAGGCUUAUUUAGUGCGUUCCAGAACGUCUACGAUUUGCAGGUUUUGCAGGAUUUAGUCCAAAGUCGUUCCCGUACGCCACGUUCACAUAAGGCUUAUUAAAGGCAAAAACAGCUGUUCCGGAAAACCUGCAAAUCCUGCAAAUCGUGAAGUACGGGAACAGGCUAAUUAUGUGCAAAUGUAAACAACAAAAGAAAGUGCAGUGUUUACAUAUGUAAAAAGUGUAGUAGGACUGGUGAAUGCGGUCAUUCUGGAAGCCAUAGUUUACAAAGUGUAGUGCACAGUUCAACAACAGUGAUUGGGUUUGCUACUUCAUAGCAGCAGUGGAAAUGGAAACAUUGCUCUGCUAUUGCUACUUCUCUACUUGAAUAGAUAAGAAGCACGGCCAGAAUCGGAAAACACACGAGGACCUUCCUUGUUUUACUUGGUUCUAUGUUUCGUUGAGGCACAGAUCAGGUAGGAGAACUAAAAUAUGAACGAAGUGAUAUUUGUAGUCAGAGUAAUAGCACAUACAACAAUAUUAUGAUAGCCUCAACGAAACAUAGCACUAAUUAAAACAAGAAAGGCCUUCUUGUGUUUCCCGAUUCUGACACUGCUUCUCAUCUAUUCAAGUAGAGAAGUUGCAAUAGCAGAUCCACGUUUCCGUGCCACUGCUGCUAUGAAGUAGUGAACUCAACCACUGGUAGUUGUCAUAAUUCGCAGUAGUAACAGUUUAACAUGAAGGUAGAAUUUUUAUUUUUGGAUUCCUGAUACGAAUAAGUUUAUUUUAGUUCCGAUUCUGCAUAAUCUUUUUUUUUCCUUCUCUUGAAGCAAUGGAUUUGUCACCACUGUUCCUGGGAGAUACCGAAGCGCUCUCUCCACCACGCACGAGCAACACAGAUGUAGCCCUACAUAGAAAGCGCUUUCAUGUGGCACUGCCUUACGAGGAGCGCUUUGUCUCCCAGCCAACAGUAACCACCAACACGGGUGUAGCCACUACAACAACAACAAGCAACACAGGUCAACAAUUUACCUUGUCUCACCUGCUGGAGAGGCAAAAAGAAAUGUUUGAUGGCGUCAUGGCCGCCAUUGGAAGGGUUGAGUCAAAGGUGGACGGAAUAGCAAAUGCUCUGGCCGAAAAGAUGCCCGAACGCGCGGAAGUUCAAGCUCAAGGGCAGCUACUGCGAGAGUGCAAAGUGGUGACCUCGAAAGUUCACCAAAGUAUUUCCCGAAUCACUGGAGAUGCUAUUAGUAAAGAGCAUACUUUGCUUCAAAGUAUGCUUCCACUAUCAUCCCAGGAAAAGUUAAAUACUUUGGAGAAUCUUUUGGGAAACAAACCACACUCCGAUGCGAUGCUGAACAUAAUUUUAAAAUUGAAGGGUGCUAAGGGUUGUGUGAAACACGUGUUGAGAAGCAUUUUUGCCGACACUCUACUCAUUUCAUACAAUUAUGAGGGCAAAGCCAACAAAGCUCCACUUCUGGGGCUAAAAACAAUAGAAUUAGUUUUCGAUGCGUUUGUGAGUAUGCCCAAAAUUGACCUCAUUGCGGAAAUCAGAAAGCACGUGUUCCUAAGCCACAAUAGGUACAAACAAAUUGUAAUAAAAAAAAAAAUUAAACAUAAUAACAAAUCUAACAAUAAUUAAUUUAAUUACCUUAUUAUUAAUCUCUAAAAAAAAGUAACAUAAAAAUUUAAUAACUUUCCAAUCUAAAUUUCAAAAACGUUAUUUAAAUACGGCUAUUCGGGAUUUUUUGUAUAUCGACUGCGGAGUGGAAGAUCGACCUCGGCAGCCAGUUCGAAAAUGCCCUAUCUCAAAAAACUUUUCAAGAACGCCCUAUUUCA